AUGGAGCCGGCCAAGCGCUGCCGCAGAAUCACCAACUAUCUCGGGGCGCUCGUUCUACACGCCGCUACUGAACUGGACCAAGAAGCACUGCGCGGCCGCUGCCGAGUGCGCGGCGUGCAGUCUCGCUGGCACGAGGAAACCUGCCGGAAGCUCUGCGUCCGCGACCCGCACAACGCCGCGUGCAUGAACGGCUGCUCGUACGGCUCCCUCACGGUGACCAAGCUCGUGUGCGACAAGAUGCAGAUCGCCGACUUCCAGCGCGAGGCCCCUGCGUCGCGCUGCCCCGAGGGCGUGAGCUGCAUGGAGGCCUGCCGCGCCUACGACGACGAGAGGCCCUUCCCGGACCUGCGCAACUCGUGCGUGCGCGGCUGCUCCAACAUCGUCCCCUCCGCCUGCGCGCGCUCGCUGCAGAUCUACAGGGACCUGCUCGCAGGCCAGUAA